GUAUAUAAAGAAAUCAACUUACGCGGACAAUGACAACGAGUUGAAAAGAGAGAGAAAAAAAAAAAGCGGCCACGGAGACGAGGAAGCCGACGUCGAAGCGGUGGCGCGAGCCGACGCGUGCUGCAUGGCACGAGCUCACGGCGGCGGCUCUGGCUUCGGGUCCGCGAACCCCUUUUCGGCUACGCAGCCCCUGCCGGUCUCGCGCCCGCAGAAGGACGACCCGACCGGCCGCCGCACGACCCCUCGGCGACGUCCAAGCGCCGCCUCACACCCUUGCACUCCGACGGUCGCCAUAAAAAUCUUCCAAGAUGACGGAGAUGUCGAUGUCAGUGGCCGAGCCGCCGCCCGGCGCGGCGGCCCCAGGCAAGAAUGACCCCGUGGUGCCGGAUGCGGUGGUCUACGUAUGCAGCGUCGUCAUCGUCGUCAUGGUGGUGGGCGGAGUCAUCGGUCUGUCCAUUCUCAUGAAGCAGCGACUCGACGUCAACCAGAAUGUUACAACAGCGGCACCAGCCGGUCCGGGGGCGCCACCACCCAAAGCGAGAUUAGUGUCGGUCGAGGACUCGGAGUCCAGUGAUUUCAAGGUGUUCAACGAUGAUGAUCCGUUCCAUUACCGUGUCGCUAAGGCAAGAGAUGGCUACCACCGGAAGGUUCCCUUCUAUGAAGCUGCACAUUCAAAACAGAAGGCGAAACGACACAAAAAAGCGCCCACCACGAGGACAACGAGAGUAAAGAAGAAGACAACGAAGAGAGCGAGAGCUACCACCAAGAAAAGGGGCCGCCGGCUACCCGCCACAUUGGGGGUCAAAACCACGGCUAAACAUGGCAAGAGGAAAGCUAACGUCGCCCACAGUAAGAAUAGUGCCCAGCAUAUUGUUUGGAGAUAGGCGAUGCGCAACAGCUAUGAGGAGCGCACAGAC